AUCUCAUACCCCACCUUUAAGUGGGCGGGUUUUAGAACGUGAUUGGCCGGAAAUCGCUCAACCAAAUCUGGCAACACUGACCACGAGGGGAGAGAGAGAGAGAGAGGGCGGAGAUGCCUGAUGGCGAGUGUGAGCUUUUUGUUUCAGAGGCAGAGUGUGUAGUUUCGGUUCUCAGAGACUGUCUGUCUGCUCGCCAUUCUUGACCUGGAUAUCGGAGCUGCGCCUGCUGGGUGCAGCCAGAGACUUUCUGCUCGGAGCUUUCUGUUUGGAGCUGCAGUUCUAGUUUAGCAUAGCCGCUAAGCUAAUCCAGAGCGGGUUAUUAGCAUCCGCUAGCACAGUGAAUACACUUAGCCGAGAGCAGCUAACCGGCUCCUAUGGACUGCCUCGCGGUCUCAGCGCGGGACCCGGGGAUCCAUCCUGACCGCUGCUGAUCUGCGUGGGACUCCUCUCGCCCGGACGUGUUCGCGGGCUGCCUGGAAGAGACUCCACCGCCUUCUCACCUGCUCCCCUCCAUUCUGGCUGCCUGUGCUGCAUCAUCGCCUGUCCUCGGGACCGGGACCGGGGAAACUGCUGCUCUCAGCUGCACUGCAGGAAAAUGGCUGAGGCCAGUAUUUCAGUAGCUCAGGACCAGUUCAUGUGUCCAGUGUGUCUGGAUCUCCUGAAGGAUCCGGUGACUAUCUCCUGUGGUCACAGUUUCUGUAAGGUGUGUCUUAAUGGCUGCUGGGAUCAGGAGGAUCAGAAGGGCGUCUACAGCUGUCCUCAGUGCAGAGACACUUUCACUACAAGGCCUGUUCUACGCAGAAACAACAUGCUGGCUGAAGUGGUGGAGAAACUGAAGAAGACUGAAGUCCAAGCUGCUUCUCCUGCUCACUGUUACGCUGGACCUGGAGAUGUGGAGUGUGAUUUCUGCACCGGGAGAAAACACAAAGCCGUCAGGUCCUGUCUGAUUUGUUUGGCUUCUUAUUGUGAAACUCAUCUGAAACCUCAUCUUGAAGUUCCUGCUUUGAAAAAACACACAUUAAUUGAAGCCUCAGCAAAACUCCAAGAGAAGAUCUGCUCUGAACAUAACAAGCUGAUUGAGAUCUACUGUCGUACUGAUCAAACCUGCAUCUGUUAUUUGUGUAUGAUGGAUCAUCACAACGGUCACGACACCGUCACAGCCGCAGCAGAAAGAGCUGAGAAACAGAGUGAGUUAAAGGAGGAACAGAUGAAAUCCCAGCAGAGAAUCCAGGAGAAGCAGAAGAAGUUGCAGGAGCUGAAACAGGCUGUGAACACUAUAAAGCUCAGUGCACAGACAGCAGUGGAGGACAGUGAGAGGAUCUUUACUGAGCUGAUCAGCUCCAUGGAGAAAAAGCGCUGGGAGGUGACGGAGCUGAUCAGAGAUCAGGAGAAGGCUGAACUGAGUCGAGCUGAACGACUCCUGGAGCAACUGGAGCAGGAGACUGCUGAUCUUCAGAGGAGAGUCACUGAGCUGGAGCAGCUUUCACACACACACGAUCACAUCCAUUUCCUCCAGGUUUUAGCUUCUGGACGUCGCUCUCCUCCACGGGACAGACCAUCAUUUCACACAUCCAGCGUCACUGUCCAUCAACAUCUCUCAUUUGAUGGAGUGAGGAAUUAUCUCUCAGAUCUGAAAAAGAGACUCGAGGAAUUCUGUGAGGAGGAAUUCAACAAAAUCCCUCCACAUGCUGCAGCAGUUCAGAUCAUUUCAGGACCAGAACCACAGAGCAGAGAAGACUUUCUGAAAUCUGCAGCAGUUCAGAUCAUUUCAGGACCAGAACCACAGAGCAGAGAAGAGUUUCUGAAAUCUGCAGCAGUUCAGAUCAUUUCAGGACCAGAACCACAGAGCAGAGAAGAGUUUCUGAAAUAUUUCUGUUAUCUGACUCUGGAUCCCAACACGGCACAUCGUCUCCUCAUUCUGUCUGAGAAGAACAGAGCGGUGAGAUGGAGUGAGAGAGAGCAGCGUUACUCUGAUCAUCCAGAGAGAUUUGAUUUCUGGCCUCAGGUGUUGUGUAAGGAGAGUGUGUGUGGACGCUGUUACUGGGAGGUGGAGUGGAGCGGUGAUGAUCUGUUCAUAUCAGUCUCAUAUAAAGACAUCAGCAGGAAAGGACGGGGUAAUGAGUGUGUGUUUGGACGCAACAAUCAGUCCUGGAGUCUGUGGUGUUCUUCUUCUUCUUCUCUCUCUUUCUGGCACAACAGCAUUAAGACUGAUCUCAGAGUUCCAUCAGCCUCCAGAAUAGGAGUGUAUGUGGAUCACAGUGCAGGAACUCUGUCCUUCUACAGCGUCUCUGACACGAUGAAGCUCCUCCACAGAGUCCACACCACAUUCACUCAGACUCUAUACGCUGGCUUUGGGUUCUACUGGGUUCCUGGUUCUACAGUGAGAUUGUGUGAUCCGGAAUAAAAGUGUGUAGUGUUUUCUGUAAAAUUCCUGCACGUUGCCACGUUGUUGCUCAGUCGUCUGUUUCACUAGAACACAAUCCAGCUGCACAAAAACACUCAUUUUAAUAUUUAAAUUAAAACAGAUGAAUAAUUUAAAAUAAUUAAAAAGGAAAUGUUAAAAAUUAACUGUCAGACAAGAAACUCGUCAAAUUUAAAAAGAAAAUGAUCUCAUGACCUUCGCAUUAUAAAGUUGUGUUUGUUUCAUAUUAAGCAGCGUCUCAUUAAAUAACUAAUAAACAGUAAUAAAGCCAGAACAGAACAACAUUUUAAACCUGUUCAGGUCACACUAUAUAAAAAUAAAACAUCACUUUUGGAAUGAAUUUGAUUUUUCUGCUUGUGUUCUAAGAUGUAAAAUCCACAUUCACUUUUUCAAAUCUGAAGUUGUUUCUAAACCCUGAGAUUUGAUUGUAAAACAUUGAACAAUAUUUAAACUCCAUUAGAACAUCCAGUACAUGAUCGGUUCAGGCUGCCGAUGUCGUGUUCAUCCCAUAUUCAGCCUGGAUGAUGAUUGGCCCGCAGAUAGAACCUUAUAAAUCCAGCUUUAUCUGUGAGUUUGGGAUUUUUAUUCAAAUAUUACAAUCAAAGCUUUGCAGAAUAAAAGAUAAGAGCACAGGAGAAUAAAGUUUCCCCCAGUGAUGGAGUUUCUGUGCUGAACUCAUUUUCAGACAGAAGCAAAUUCAACCUUUUCCUGAGAGUUUCAGCAGCUGGAUAAAUAUUGUUCAGUAUUUUAAACUGAAUUUCUUUCACUGUGGGUGAAAUUGGCCGUCUAAGAUAACUACAGUGUGUAUUUGUUAGCGUUCCUCCAUCGUCAGUUAUUCUUACUUUUAUUUUAUUAAAUCAGGGAAUAGCUUCCAUUUUAAAACAUUUCUAAUUCCUUUGUUAUUAGAUUUUCUUUCACCAAUUUCCACUUCACUGAUUUUCAAUUCAGGCAGUUUGACCGACACCUUUGAAUUUUCAAGGGUAUUUUUUAUCGUGAACCUUAAGGGAGGUGGAAUAGCUCUACAAAUGUGAUUAAAUUCUCUAUAGACACAUUUUAAAUGAAACUUUUCUACAAACGAAUUAAAUUGCAUUAAAUGUCCAUUUUCAUCCAUGAGAUCGGUAACAUCCAAAAUGUUAUCAUUCCAUUCUUGUUGAAAUAAAGUCUUCCUAUUAAUAGUAAUGGUUCUAUUAUUCCACAAGGUUAAGUACGCUCGCAUUUGUGGACAUAAAUAAUUUUGGUGAAAUUGGACAGCCUUGUCUGAUUCCACGUAAAAUCUUAAAUUGAAUAAUUGAUUGGUAAUCAAUCAUAUCCAGAAUCAGUCGGACGUGGUUUUGAAUAUAUCUUCCCUUCAUGAAGGCUGAUUGAUAUUCGUCUACAAGUUUUACAAGUAC